AUGAAAUCAACUUUUCUUGUGCUUGGUCUGUUCGCUACGGUAGCCUUGUCUUCUUACCAAGACAAGGACCAUAAUGAGGAUUACCACAAUAAAAACGUUAAAUCAUAUGAUUACAAUGAUAAUCCUUGGGUUUCCAAUGAUAAAUACAUUCCCUAUGGCGAUCAAAAAGAUGAUCAUGAUGGAAAGAAGGAAACACAUUAUAAACGAUUUAAACGUUCAAGACGCUCAAAACGUUCUCCUGUUCCGACCGAUGAAGAAGAAAAGGACGAAAACGAUGACUACAAAAAAGAAAAUAAACAAUACGAUGAUGAUAAAAAGGACGAAAACGAUGACUACAAAAAAGAAAAUAAACAAUACGAUUCGACCGAUGAUGAUAAAAAGGACGAAAACGAUGAUUACAACAAAGAAAAUAAACAAUACGAUCCGUAUUAUAAUCCUAACCUUAAAUCAUACGACCCUUAUGAUAAUCCUUGGGUUCCUGAUGAUUAUUACAAUUCCGAUGAUAAUAAAUCUGAUGGGCAUUAUAAACGCGCUCAGUGA